AUGACAGAAACACUGUCAAAUACUGCUAAUCAUCAACGCACUGCGGAAAUGUUCGUACAUUUAACACCGCUUGGCGCUCGAGUACCAUACAGUAUUUCUCUUGAUAAUAUGCGAAAUAUUUGGGUAGCAACCAAGGGAGGAUUGUUCAAAAUGGAUCGGUUCGGCGAAUUGCUUUACCAGGAAAAAAAUGAUUUUACAAAAAAAGCUGAACCAUUUUGUCAAGUGUCAUUUUGUGAAGAUAAGAUAAUUUAUGCUUAUUCGGAAUAUAUGUCAGGUUUAACGUUGCUCAAAGUAAUGACACUGGAUGGUGAAACGAUCAGUGAACAAUUUGUUGACGGUAAAAUACAAAGUUUAAGCGUGAAUGAUAGCGGUGAAAUGUUUUUGACUAAACGGGUAAAGGGCGAGGAUUCCAUUGUUUACAGUUCGGAUAUUUGUUGUCCAAGUUGUUGGAAUGAAGUGAUCUGCGAAGAUGAAUACGUUUUCCAAACAGUAUGUGCCUUACCCAGUGAUCUUUUAGUCGUCUCAACAUGUACUUUACCUCUCAAUAUGUAUUCUAGACAAUUCCUCCGACUAAUCAAUAUAACAGAAGGUAAAGUGAUCAAAAGUUUUAGUAAGGAAGGAAAAGAAGAUGGACAAAUUUUUUUUCCUCUUUCAAUACAGAAAUAUGGAAGUGAUAUUCUUGUUCUGGAUAAAACAGGUCGGAUACAGCAGUUUACUCAAGAUGGAGAGUUUGUUCGCGUAGCUACAAAGAUUGAUGCAUAUUUAGGGAACGCCUUUGUUGUUGAUGGAGAUAUGGCUCUUAUAGCUUGCUCAGGAAUUGUACUUGAUAAAGAUAACCAAACCAUUUGCGAUGAUUGGUUGGAAAAAGUUCCACUAGAUGGUAGCAAGUGGUUACCUGAUCCAUUUGUUGAUAAAAAGGAACCAAGUGUUAUCCAUAAGUCUCAAGUAAGCGAUGAAGAUAAUAAAAAAUAG